AUGCUCGGCCUGCCGUGGGGCGUGCUGCUGGGCGUGCUACUUUGGGUGGCUUGCAUUCGCGUGCGUGCGAUCCACCAGCGCACGGCGAUGGUGGUCGUGCUGGGUGACGUGGGACGGAGUCCGCGUAUGUGCUACCACAUUGCGAGCCUCGUGCGGCACGGCUGGACCGUGUAUGUCGCCGGCCACUUUGAUACACAGCUGCCACGGUACCUAUGCACGCCUCAAGUGCACCGCGUCCCCCUGUGGUCGCCCCCGUCAUUUUUCAGCAAGCUUCCUCGCGCCAUUUUUGUACUCGUUGCAGCCGUCAAGGUGCCCAUGCAGACCUUGUCCUUGUGGCUCGCCCUCGUCGCACGUACACCCAAGCCGGCCGUGGUGCUAGUGCAAACGCCCCCUGCCAUCCCAACUCUUAUGGUGGUACAAUGUGCCUGCCUCCUCACGCGCAGCCGCCUUUUCCUUGAUUGGCACAACUUGGCUUACACCCUUCUUGCGCUGCGACUCGGACCUCACAGUCCCCUCGUGCGUGUGUCCGAGACGCUGGAACGUCUCUUUGGAAGGCACGCAGAUGCGCACCUCUUCGUGACUCAGGCCAUGCUGCGCCAUUUGGCCAAACGCUGGCACUUGCGCGGAGCCAUGGCUGUCUUGCACGAUAGGCCACCCGCCCACUUUCACCGCCUGUCUGAGGCAGAUGCAAAGGCGUUUUUCGAUCGUGUGGGGCCCAUGCUCUGCGCAGGCGACAGGGGAGGCGCGGCGCUCGCCGUCACGAGCACCAGCUGGACCCCCGAUGAAAACAUGCAUCUUCUGCUGGAAGCUGCAUCCAUGUACGAGGAGCGUGCCUGUACCAUGCCGCUACGGAGCCUCGUGAUUGUGAUCACGGGCAAGGGACCACUUCGCGAGAUCUUUGAGCGCACGAUUCGCCAGCGCACGCAGGCAUGGAAACAUGUGCGUAUCUCCACCGCAUGGCUCUCGGCUGACGACUAUCCGCGUCUCUUGGGCGCGGCGGAUGUCGGCAUAUCUCUCCACUCGAGCUCCUCCGGCCUGGACUUGCCCAUGAAAGUCGUGGAUAUGCUGGGGUGUGGCCUCCGUGUGUGUGCCCUGUCCUUUGCUUGCCUAGAUGAGCUCAUCCAGCCAGGCGUGAAUGGCGAUGUCUUUUCUGAUGCACAGGGCCUCGCAUCGUGCCUCGAGCGUCUUGCUAAUGCACCUUCCGACGCUCUACAUACCCCUUUUCUCGGUGCCGAGCCCCGCUCCUGGGACGCCCUGUGGGACCAAGUCGUAGUACCCCUUUUGCCGAGUAACACGUGA